AUGGCCACUCUGUUCAUGUGUCCAUUGGGCAAGAUAGGGAUGGCUAAAGUGGGAGUUUGGCCACUGUCCACAGAGUGGUGGGAACUGAAGACCAUGGAUGACCAUGUCAACAUGCAACUUGAGUACCCUAGUAUGAUCCAGAUUGGACGUGUCCUAACUCGAGACCAGUCUGUUUUUUCUUUCUCCACAGAUUUUGAAGCCAGCUUCAUAAGACUGUUGGACAAAAUAACUAAUGGUUCUCGAAUUGAAAUAAACCAAACAGGAACAACCUUAUAUUUUCAGCCGGGCCUCCUGUAUGGUGGAUCUGUGGAGCAUGACUGUAGUGUCCUUCGUGGCAUUGGCUAUUACCUGGAGGGGCUCCUUUGCCUGGCUCCAUUUAUGAAGCACCCUUUAAAAAUAGUUCUUCGAGGAGUGACCAAUGACCAGGUUGAUCCUUCGGUAAGUAUUGAGGUCAAGGCAUAGCCUUUGAUCUUGUGUAGCAAUUCAACUUCUGAGAAAAAGAGUUCAUUAAGA